AAAAAAACCGACAAAAAUCAAAAACAAUUCCAAAUUCGUUUGGUAAACUAAUUUGUGGCAACAUAAAAUAAUGAACACAACCAUAAAACAAUAAUAAUAUGAAUAUUGUGCAAGUAAAUUGAAAAUAUAUUAUUGAGUGUUGGUUACGGAGCCACAGAUUUAAAUCCCAACUAAAAUCAAAACACAACGAGUUAAAUUUCUCCGAAUUUCGUCAUCAAAAUGGAGCACAAACAGGUGAACUGUUAUCUGGCCCUGUUGCUGGGCGUGCUUCUAUUGCACAGGCUGAUAGGUGCAGCUGUCGCCGAUCAGGAUGAGGAUAUACCUCACAAUGAAGUGCGCAACUGGGCCCUUAAAUUUGGAGUUGAUUUAUGGGAAUUUGGUCGCCAAUUCACCAAAAUGAAUGAAAUCAAAAGUCGCUUUAAGGACAAUGACAUCGAGGUGAAGCGCAAGGAUGGCAUUAUCCUGCUGCGUGAAUUAGCGGCCGAGGUGAAGAAUUUUAUGGACUUCAAGCGUAACGCUGUAAUGCGCUUGAUGGACUCAGCAGAGCAGGCGGCGCUCUCGGAACUGGAGGGGCAGAGCAGCACGGAGGGGGGUGCACUGGGGCAGCAGCAGCAUUACGAUGCGAGACGCAUCAAUGAGUACAAUGCCGAUGGCAAGUUGGCGGACGGAGCUCGCCACAUGGAUAUACGAUUCAUGCGGCGCUUCGAGCGUCUGCCGGUGAAUCUCAGUCUAAGCUCGAUUCUGGUGCCGCACGGCGUCGAUUUGGAUGAGACGGACGUGAAGUCGGCAUUGCAGUGGAGCGCCCACCUGGAUCCACUCUUCCAGAACAACUUGGAGCGAGAUCCGGCAUUGUCCUGGCAGUACUUUGGCUCAUCGUCUGGCUUUCUACGCCGCUUCCCCGGCACUGCCUGGCCACCCGAGGGCUCUAAGGGCAGCAAGCUAAUCCAUGACUUUCGCACUCACAACUGGUUUGUCCAGGCCGCCUCCUCCCCCAAGGAUAUUAUGAUUCUACUGGAUGCAUCGUCCAGCAUGUCAGAGAAGUCCUUUGAUCUGGCCACAUCCACGGCUUUUAAUAUACUGGACACUCUCGGCGAGGAUGACUAUGUCAAUUUAAUAACCUUCUCGGAUGUGGUCAAGACGCCAGUGCCGUGCUUCAAGGAUCGUAUGGUGCGUGCCACUCCUGAUAAUGUCCAGGAAAUCAAGUCGGCUGUCAAAGCUAUCAAACUUCAGGAUACGGCGAACUUUACGGCAGGCCUGGAAUACGCCUUCAGUUUACUUCACAAGUACAAUCAGAGUGGAGCGGGCAGCCAGUGCAAUCAGGCAAUAAUGCUGAUAACGGAGAGCACCUCGGAGUCGCACAAGGAGAUUAUCAAGCAGUACAACUGGCCGCAUAUGCCCGUCCGCAUCUUUACGUAUCUGAUUGGAAGCGAUUCGGGGAGUCGCAGCAAUCUGCAUGAAAUGGCCUGCUCCAACAAGGGCUUCUUUGUGCAGAUCAACAAUUAUGAGGAGGCGCGACGGAAGGUCAUUGACUAUGCGCUUGUGAUGGCGCGACCCAUGAUUAUGUAUCAGGCGGAUCAUCCGGUUCAUUGGAGUCCCGUUUUUGUUGGUGGGAAAUCAGGCGGAUUGGGUAGGGAUUCGGAAUACCAGCGACGUUUGGUGACGACAGUUUCAACUCCGGUCUUCGAUAGACGAAACCAUUCGGUGCGCGUGGCCAAUUUGUUGGGUGUCGUUGGCACCGAUGUACCCAUCGAGGAGAUACGCAAAAUGAUACCGCAGCACAAGCUGGGACCGAAUGGGUAUUCGUUUAUCGUCGAUAACAAUGGGCGGGUGCUCUACCAUCCGGAUCUGCGGCCGCUAAGCGAUGGCAAUCAGUACAUCGAUCAGCUGCGACCCAAAUACGCCUCAGUGGACAUUACGGAGUUGGAACUGCCGGAAACGGAAGUGGGCAACGAUCACGAACUAGUCGAAAUGAACAAGAAUCUACUCAAUGAGAUGCGCGGUGACAUGAUUCGCCCCAAGGAGGGUGAGACAGAGUUCACCGUGCUUAAUCAUUACGACGAGUCGAAGCGUGUCUCGACCCGUACACAUCGAUACUUCUAUGGCCCCAUCGAGGACACGCCCUUCACGCUGGCUAUUGUGCUGCCAGAGAAGUACGGCAGCCAUGAGUUGGUCUCCCAGCAGGAAAUAAGGCACUCGCGUAACAAUGUUACCGAGUACUUUAAGGGGGACAACUGGCGCGUACAUCCCGAUUGGGUCUACUGUGAGUACAAUAGCGUCAGCGAUUUGGAGAAGGAGCGUGAGAGCUCCGGUGAAUAUACGUCUCGCGAUCAAGAGCCCAGCUUUGGGUCGCCAGAGGAGCAGGUACUGCACUUUCUGGCUCGCGCCGGACGUCCAGGCUGGAAGUGGAUGUCGGUGCGACCCAAGUCGCCGCAACCACACCACAACCUGCACGGCACCACGUCAAGUGCCUCCCAUUUUGGGGCACAGCAUCUGAAUGUGCAGGGUUCUCGCAAGGCAGAGCCCUAUUAUUGCGAUCGAACCCUCAUUCAGAGCUUGGUACGCGAUGCAAUGGUCACCGAUGGACUUGACCGCAAUACCACGAGUACCUCCAAUGGCAAGGAGGAUAAGCAUCCAAUCGCCACAUUGAUGGCCAUUUUGAAGAGGCAAGGCUAUCAAAAGUUUGUUGUGGCUACCUCAUUUGUGGCUACGCGUUCGGGCUUAUUACGCUGGAUUGAUCAUAUUAAGAGACCUGAGGAUACCCCGGAACCGCACUUCAGCGAGGACAAUGUGCGCGCCAUGGACUCCUCGUGGUACAAGCGUGCCGUGGAUCAGCACACAGUGGAGCCGGAUAGCUUUGUGUAUAGUGUGCCCUUCGGUUCCGGAUAUGCCAUCAAAUCGAACGCCACUUUGGUGACAGCCUCGCAUGCGAUCUUUGUGGAGCAUCGCGGACACAAGGCCCCAGCUGGAGUUGUGGGUCUGCAAUUUCAACACGACUCGCUGGCCAAGCACUUUAUCAACAUCACAUCGGCAUGCACUGGGAUGACGGGCUGUAAGCGAACCUGCGCCUCGGAUAAUCUCGACUGCUAUGUGCUGGACAACAGUGGGUUUGUGAUCAUCUCGGAGGAAAUGGAGCAUACGGGCAAGUUUUUUGGCCAAAUCGAUGGAACCAUUAUGGACUCUCUGGUCCAGGAUCGCAUUUACAAGCGCGUCACGGUGAAUGACUAUCAGGGCGUCUGCUCCGAUUCCGAUAACCCCUACACGGCAGCUGGUGGCAUUCUAAAGCCACAUCGCCUUGGCAGCUGGUUCUACAAGCAUUUGGUGGCCCUCAGCGCCAGUUGGUUAUCGCUGAUGCCCACCUCACUGCGCGCUUGGCCACAGGACGACUAUGAGACAUAUGACAAUGAGGAUGUUGUCUUUGUGGAGAACAACUACGCGGACGAGUAUGAGGAGAACUUUGAUAAUGAGUAUCAUCUGCAGGUGGAUCAGGAAAUGGAUGAAUUCUUUACCACAGCCGAUGCGGACUAUACGACGCCACCACCUAAACAGCAUAAACCCCACAGUGGACCCAGAUUCAUGGCCGAUCCGCAGAAUGCGCGACGCUGUGAUCUGCGCACCGAUCUUUAUAUGUUGCAACCGGAACGCCUUAAUCAAGGCGGUCAAAAUAACCCACUAAAGGGUAAACUAACCAAUUGUCAUGUGUCGGGCUGUGAGCGGCCGUUUAGUGUGCAGAAGAUUCCACACAGUAAUCUGAUUCUGCUUGUGGUGGACACGCUGUGUCCUUGCGGCUCCAAGCAGCUGGACAUUGAGCCCAUGGAGGAGUCGGGCAUUGUCGGUGCCUGCAGCACGCGUCGUCAGAGUCAGGAGCAGCAGUCGCGUCGCCGACCAAAGAAAUGUAUUAACUACCACCCCGAGGAGAUUGAGAUACAGCAGUGUGGGCGUGGCAGCACGCUACUGCACAUGUCCGCCUCCCUUAUAGCUGCGCACCUGCUGAUGGUCAGCGUCACCUUCGUGCUGGCCAAUGCGUGAUACGAGCACUAAAUACAAUAAAGGACAUGAUAAGCAGCAGGAGCAUCAGGAGCAACAGGAGCAGCAGGAGCAGAUGGAAAACGAGAACGAGAACGAGAACGAAUACGAUAAGUUAAGGCUUUACGAUAUUGAGAAACGAGCUGGCGAAUUUGCAGACAAUUUCCGUUUCUUGAUUUCUUUGGGCAGUUGAAUUGCAUAGCCAAACAGAAGUUCACGCGUAAUACGGUAAUAUCUAUAUGUUUGUAGACAAUAAUUUGCAACAACAACAAAAACAAAAACAACAACAAAAAUCUAUAUAUUUCCAUUGACAAUUAGACGAAAGUAAAUAUUAGCUAAAUAUUAGUUACGUGUAAUUGUGAGAGGAACACAAUUUAAAUCAAAUAUUUGUAGUACAGAAACUUAUUUCCAUUUUCCAACUAUUAAUUUAUAAAAUUACGAUUAGGGCAUGCAAUUGAUUUAAGCGAAAAGCACACUAAUUAUUUCACAAUGAAUUAAAAGAAAAUCAAAUAUAUACUAGUCAGUUUAUGUAAAUAGCAAGCGAAAGUAUUUAACAGAACAAAAUUCCUACCGAAAUACUUAAUUCAAUAAUUCAAAACAAAAACAUAUGAAAAGAAAAUGUAAGCAAAAUUAAUGAUUUCACUAACUGCGUACGCACAAAUAUCGAGUAUUAUAUUUUACGACAAAAACCAAAUAUAAUAAAAUUAAAGUACACCUUAAAACCACAAAAGUUAUAUGACAAAUUCACUGAACAAACAGAAGACUUGAAAUACCAACAGCAAUGUAUAAACGAAAAACAAAAACAAAAACACAUAUUAAACAAAUAAUUUAAUGAAAGAAAAACAACAGAAAUCAGUUCAUAUCGACGACAUGCAUGGCAGCCAAUUUUGAACAGCAAUAAGCAAAACAAAUACAAUAAAAUAAAAAAAAACACAUGAACAAAUAAAUACG